AGGUAUCGUGUUAUCAUUUCUCGUGUUAAUAUAGAAUGCACAUCGAAUCGAUUAUUCUGGAUGGAUUUAAGAGUUAUUCCACUCGCACUGUCAUUGGUCCUCUUGACCCGCAUUUUAAUGCUGUCACAGGUCUCAAUGGAUCCGGUAAGUCCAAUGUUCUUGACAGUUUAUGCUUUUGUUUGGGUAUAGCUGACUUGAGUUGUGUACGAGCUAAUAAGUUGGAUGAUUUGAUAUAUAAGCAAGGUCAAGCUGGCAUUACUAAGGCCACUGUGACUGUAGUUCUGAACAACCGUCGUCAGCCUAGUCCUUUACCGGAUGCUUAUCGCAAGAUGCCUGAAGUGACUAUAACUCGCCAAAUUGCUCUUGGUGGUCGUAAUCGUUACUUUCUUAAUGGUCAUCCCUCAACACCCAAGGCCAUUGCUGAGUUCUUCCAGUGUGCUCGUAUGAAUGUGAACAAUCCUCGUUUUUUGAUUAUGCAGGGUCGUGUUACUAAAGUGGUGAAUAUGAAGCCAAAGGAGCUGCUAGCAUUAAUUGAGGAGGCAUCGGGUACUCGCAUUUAUGAAAGUAAGCGUGCUGCUGCUAUGCGUCUUAUUGAGCGCAAGAACCAGAAGUUAGAGGAGAUUGGAAAGAUACUACGUGAGGAGAUAGAGCCCCAAACGUUACGUUUGAAGCAGGACUGUGAGGAUUAUUUACGUUGGAGCAACAUUCAGGAUGAGGUUUCAAGGCUUGAGCGUUUUGACGUGGCUCACCGUUACUGGGUUGCUAAGGAGCGUGUUGAACAUUGCAUGAAUCAUGAAGAGGGUGUAGUUGCUGAGAAGACUGCUAUUCAACAGGAUUUACAGUCUCUCGAGGAACGUAUAAGCCUGCUGGAGUCGCAAUUUAAUGAGCGUCGUCGUCAAUUAGAAGUGGGUAAUGGACCUGUUGCUGACGCUCAGCGCAACCGUGAUGCCAUAGCAUCUGAGAUCGGUGAAAUGGAAUCUGAAUUAACGUUAUUGCAUCGUGACCUAGAGGAGUUACAGAGCUGCACUAAUGAUAUACGUAUAGAGAUCGACAAUGCCACUCGGGAGCUUAAUGAGCGUGUUGAAUCUUCUAAAACUGAUGCCGAUAAGGUCAAGAGUUUGACUGAUAAGUUAAAGCGAAGUAAGCUCGAGGUUACUGAGCUUGAGACUGCCUUGGGUCUGGCUACAUCAGCGCCUGGUGGUCACAACGACACUGGCGGUGGUUCUCGUCAACAUCAGUUAAAGGACAUGAAAUCUGAGUUAUCACGUCUUGAGGCUGAGGAAAUUGCUUUAUCUAAUUUUAUAAGUCACAGUGAAGUUGAGAUUGCAGAACAACGACGUGUUGCUUCUAGUAUGGACUCUGAGAUGCGUGAGUUUGAACGUAGACGCCAUGAAGCAGAAUCACAUCGUGACGGUAUAUACCGUCGUCUGGAGGAGGCCAAAUCAUCACUAGAUUCGUUAGGUGGUAUAGAGGUAGUUUCCAGUUUAGAACGUCGAUUACGUGAAGUUCGUGAUAAGCGUGACCGCACCGCGGAGAGUGCUAGUGUCUUGGAGGCUGAUUUGAACCGUUCACGAACACGCGUUAGGGUACCUGACCAUUUAGGUCAAAUGUCGUCAUCUGAUUUAACAGCUCCAUAUUAUGGCCAAGCUUUUGAACUUGUUCAUCUAAGGCCUGAAGUGCAAGACCAGGUUGCGUUACCUGUGCAUGUUUUAUUUGGAUAUAAGCUAUCGUAUUUAAUUGCUCGUGACAAAGAAUGCGCCAAAGUUAUUUUUGAGCAUAACGGUUUAGCUCGAAGUAGCAGAAAGGUUACGGUAUUACCUUUGAACGAUGCUGUUGUAGGCCGUGUUGUUUCUGAUGCUGAUGUCCAACAUUGCCGUAGGUUGGUUGAUGUUGACCCUAAUGACUCUAGUGCGGUAUCUUGUUACACUGAUGUUUUAGAAUUCGAUCCUAAAUUUUCGAAAUUAGCAAAGUACCUUGCUGGUAAUUCGUUAAUUUGCAAUUCAAGUCAAAUUGCUCGUAAGAUAGCUUACCAGAAGGACAGGUCACGUGCUUAUCCAACGGCUACUUUACAAGGGGACAAGUUUGAUGUUGGAGGCUCGAUGUCUGGUGGGUCUAACAAGGGCAUGCAUAUGGUUUUGUUGGUUGCUAGUCGAUUACGCAAUGCACAGCUGGAGCUAACAGCUUUGAGCACCGAGUACAACGAAUUAGAAUCACAAUUGCAAUCUGCUCGUAAGGUCGUUAGUGCCUACGACGAGUUGACUAAGGAGUUACAGAUUUGCGAGAGUAACCUUCUCAGCAUAGAGCAGCGUUUCAAUAGUUUUGGGGCCACUGCUGCUAUGCGCAAGAUUGACGACCUCAAGGCAUCUAUCGCAGAGCGACGUGCUCAGAUAUUGGAUAUCCAGCAGCAGCGUGCUGAUUUGGGUGCUAAGAUUGCCCAGGUGGAAUCUGACCUGGUCGAAUGGGAGCGCGACCGUGGCAAGAAGGAGACAGAGGCUAAGCACCGCUUGAAACAGCUUAAACUAGAUAUUAAGCGUGAUUCUGGUGAAUUGGAUCGUAUGAAUCAGGCGAUGUCAACAAUUCAGCUGGAGCAGGACAACUUGCAACGCCGUGUGGCUAAUGCCAAGGACGAGCUUGUGUCCAAGGAGGCCACUACAAAAAAUUUGUUAUCCAAGCUAGAUAACCUUAAAGAAAGGAUUUCAGCACGUAAAAACGAUUUAACUCAUAGUGAUGCACGAUUAACUGAGUUAACACGUCAAUUAUGUGUUUCUCAGGACGAAUUAGGACGUAUGCAGCAUGAGUUGGAGUCUGCAGGGCAAAGCAAAAGUCAAAUGAACCUACGUCUCAAGAAGUUGGAGUACACUUUACUAGAGGUGACUAAAGAAUAUGAGGAAGCUAGGGUUGUGUCUGACCGUCUUCUUCGUGAUAAUCCUUGGAUUACAGCCGAGGAGCCAAAUUUUAAUCGCAAGGGCUCAACCUUUGAUUUUAGCAGCGUUAAAUUGGAUACCGUAACAAAACGGUUGUCUGAAUUGCAACAGUUGCGUCAAGACUUGUCCCGUAGGGUAAACCGUAAGGCACAGCAGUUGUAUGAGAAGAUGGAAUUUGAGUAUAAUGACCUCGUAGCAAAGACUAAGAAGGUUGAAGCUGACCGCGAUAAGAUCCACAGUGUAAUUGCUGACUUGGAUGUUAAGAAGCAUGAGAAUAUCAAUGUUAUUUUCCGUACGGUUAACCGUUUUUUCUCUGACAUAUUCCACGUUCUUCUGUCAAAUGCUGAGGCAAAGUUGGUACCUGUGAAUGGUGACAUUACUAACGGGAUUGAGAUGAAGAUAGGUUUCAACGGUGCUUGGAAGAAUUCACUGUCUGAGCUUUCUGGUGGCCAACGAUCACUACUUGCUUUGGCACUCAUUCUUGCGAUGCUCAAGGUACGUCCCGCUCCCAUUUACAUUCUUGAUGAGGUUGACGCCGCUCUUGAUCUUAGCCACACGCAAAACAUUGGUAAAAUGAUAAAGACACAGUUUCCCAAUUCUCAGUUUCUUAUUGUUAGUUUGAAGGAGGGUAUGUUUUCUAAUGCUAACGUCCUGUUUAAAACUCGUUUCGUUGAUGGUUACUCUACGAUUAUGCGUCAUGCUUUGUCUGACAAGCAGGGCAAUAAGAAGCAGAAGGAGGGUAAUGCUCUAUAGAUUGGUGUUCAACUGUGGUACAAGCUACUGAAAAUAGACGCUAGAUA